CGAUUUUUACUCUUUGGAAAGCACUUUGCAGUGUGGGCGUACGAAAGUAAAGAGAGAAAUAAUCAAUCAAUUAUUUACAGAAGAAAAUCCCAGCAAAUAUAAAUCACAAAAAAAACUAUUGAGUUUUACCCAAUUUAGUUAUGACGGUGUUUUGUAUUAAAAUUACCUUAUAAUUGUGCAAAAUGGUGAUACCAGUAUAUUUUAUUUAUAUCUAAAUCAAUGUUUAUUAUUAUUUAAUAAAAAUGUUUGUGUUCAUUUAUCAAUAAACAAAAAAUGAGUAUCAGAGUGUUAUAUAUCUGAAAUGGUUUAAUUUAGAAAUCUAAAAAUGAAUCUAAUGCGCAAAUUGCGUGGGGCGACUACUUCGGCGUCUCCCGAGACUGCUGAGGCCUCCAGCUCGUCGUCUCACGUACAGCUCGGCCUCAUGCAUCUGAAGAAACUCUUCGCCGAGUACACACAUCCUCCACAACCCCUUACGGAUGCCGAAAAAGAUGAUAAACUGUACAAUAUGCUACCUCUGUUUUGUAAGGUGUUUGGCACAAGUCCGUCGAGUGAGAUGAAUGAAAAGUUUUGGGAUAUUCUAUCAUUCUGUCAGCAAGUCUCAAAACUAAUGGUUUCCGAGAUAAGAAAGCGAGCCAGUAACCAAAGUACAGAGGCAGCAAGUUGCGCAAUUGCUAAGUUCUUAGAAAUUGAAAAUUCUGAGGAAUCAAGCAAUGGUUGGAUGUUACUUUCAACGUUGAACCUCUUGGCGGCUGGUGAUCAAUCCUUAAUACAGGUCAUGACCACUGCAUCAAUACCAUCAACUUUAGUCAAAUGUUUGUAUUUGUUCUUCGACCUUCCUGAAAUACCAGAGGCUGAAGCUGAUAUUCAGGAUGGUAACAGUGACUUUACACCUAGAGAAAGGAGAAUAUUACUACAGAAGAUAUUCGUGCAGGUCCUUGUUAGACUGUGUAGCCAUCCUUUCCCCUGUGAGGAAUUAGCAAGGAAGGAUGAUCUCAGUCUAUUGUUCUCUGCCAUAACUUCAUGGUGUGCCCCACAUAACAUCAUGUGGAGGAAGUCAGCUGCUGAAGUACUGAUGACCUUGUCUAGACAUGGAUUGACUCAAUCUGUCGUUCAAUACAUACAUAAUAAAGGAUGUGUUGCUCUUUGUAUAGAAAACAUGCAAAGAAUACCAGAAUUAACACCAUUAGAGGUGGUAGAAAUGUUUGUGGCUGUAUUUUGUUUCCUUAAGGAUUCAAGUGAAGUUAGUCAAUUAUUACUGGAUGAUUUCCGGACUUGCCAAGGCUACCUAUUUUUAUCUGAAUUUCUACUAAAACAUGAGAGACAAGAUGUACCCGAUUAUUUGACAUCAGGAUUGGAAGAAGAGCGUGUUAGUGGCACGGAAGCGCGCGCGGCUCUUCGCAACCUCGUGCUAAUGAUCUCGUCGCUGUGUGCGUGUGGCUUCUCUGAAUUGCGUCCAACGCGAGCUAACACGGAACUGUUCCAGCUACAGGGUUUCGUGUUACCACAGCCUUCGACGCCAGGACAGGCAGUUAGGAAUGUUCAAGCAUUUCAGGUUCUACAGUCUGUGUUUAUGAAGUCAAACUCAGCAGCACUAUGCUGCACGAUAUUAGAUGCGAUAUCAAGCGUGUACCACGCAGAUAAUGCCAACUAUUUUAUCUUAGAAAACCAAAAUACUCUCAGUCAAUUCUCGGAAAGAAUUUACACAAAAAAUGCGGAAAUACAAGAGAAGUUUUUCGAGUUGUUGGAAUUUAUAGUUUUUCAGCUCAAUUUUGUUCCUUGCAAAGAAUUAAUAUCUUUGUCACUAUUAUUGAAAGCCAAUAGAUCAAGGACGUGUAGCAUUCUGUGUAUAAAGACACUGUUAAAUAUUUUAAAACAUAACCCAAUAUUUAAAGACGUUUAUCGAGAGGUGGGUAUGUUAGAAGUAUUUGUUACUUGCCUGUCUCGUUACGCUGUAUAUCUCAAAGACAAGCAGAUACUUGAAGAUGAGAAAACUAAAAAGGAACCAGCUGUCGAGUCCACAUCAUCCGAUAAAGCGAACGAAUCUCCGAAAGCACCUGAGAGAAAGAAAAGGCAAUCAUCACGUCAUGACUCCUUAAUAAGGGAUCCUAAUUUAGAUGCGGAGGAAGAAGAACUGGGAUCAUUAGUAAUGGAGGGUUUAACAGCAUUAUUGAAUGCAAAUACGAACAAUUGCAACGUGUUCAGAGACUGUGGAGGAGCGAAAUGCGUUCACGGAAUGGUUGUAUACGAGUCGUGUAGAAGUAAAGCCUUAGGUGUGGUAAGAGAACUGAUAGUGAGUGGGUCGGGCGAGGAGGAUAUGUCUGCAUUGCUGUGUGGUAUGCAUGCCGCUCCUAACGACGCAUUGCAACUUAAAUUGCAUAUAUUGAAAGCGCUGUUAGCUUGCUUACGGGACUCGCAUCGUACUAGAACUAUAUUUAGAAAGGUUAGCGGUUUCGUUUACGUAACCAGUGUUCUAGUUUCUUUAGAGGGCAAACUCAAAGGAAAUGAACCGAUGGACAAAGAUAUGCUUCAGCUUAUACAUAUUGUGUUCUAUACGAUCAGUACGGCGAUGAGAUUUGAACCAGCAAACGCGAAGUUUUUUCAUCAUGAGAUAUGUAUGACUACUCUUUGUGAGACAAUUCGUCUAUUGGGCUGCUUCAUAAAUGAAACUGAAUUACAAAAUGAUACGGAACCCGGUGAUACCGAACUGUAUGAAGUCUUUCAUGAAAUAUUCACUGGAAGCAUAUUGGAAAUGACUUUCCCUGAGAAAGUACCCGUUGUGUUUGUUCACGCCUGCAUCAUUUUGCGACUUCUAUAUGAUGUCGCACUAGACUCUUUUGAUAAACCCACGUUUUGUGGCUCGCUCAAUGUGAAGUCGCCGAGUUUGACGCGACAGAGCUCUGCGAUCAAUGAAUCAAAGCCUGCCGGCCGCACUGCGCCCCUUAAUCUAUCCAUGGGAAGUAACAAUGGCGAGGCCUGGGUCAUACAUUCUGGGGUCGUCAUCGUUCUAGCCAAGCUGCUUCCCGCGCUACCGCGGCCGCCGGAACAUGAGGCCCAUGCCAGAGCUAUACGAGACUAUUUGGCUCAUGUGCUCAAAAGUCUAGUCAGGAGUGAACGAAACCAGCAAGUGAUGUGUGGAGCUGGUCUCGCGGGCGUAGUUCUGCGCGUGUGUGGCGCCGCCUUGCGCGCUGAGAAACAUCCUCUGCACGCGCCCGCCAUGUAUAUGCUGGAGCGACUUGCCGCGCAUGCACUCAGGCCUUCCGAACUUAGGGAAUUUCUUCGAAUGGGCAACCCUUUGAAUUGCGUGGCUCCAGAACCGGGACAAGUUUGCAAGCCCGGUGGACCUGUACCGCUAACGAGGAUCAAGACUUUAGUGUCAAUGACUACGCCAAGAGACUAUAGAUCACAGAACUCUUGCACAUUACCACCGUUUGUCGAAUUCGACAUGUCCGCCGAAGGCUUUGGUUGUCUUUAUUUGCCAAGUAUCGCGCCACAAUCGGCAAACCUAAACGCUCUAGGAACGCAAGACACUGCCACUUUAGGUGGCAUCGGUUCAGGUAGUUGGCGGCCCAGUGAUCGGGUGUUUCCGCCGCAAACUGGUCUUACGUACUCCACGUGGAUAUGUGUUGAGAAGUAUUCAGAUCCGCGGUCAGAUCCCCACUGUGUGCGACUUUUGACGCUUGUAAGGAAUAUAAAUAACAGUCGCGAUGAGCAUUUGGUUUGUCUUACAAUGGUUCUGUCGGCAAGGGAUAAGGCUAUUAUAGUUUCAACUCAGGAGACUUUAGUUCCUCACAAUGUAGGUGAGUGGGAGCCUGAAGGUUCAGGAGAAUGCGGUGCCCGAGUCUGGUGUCCAGAUCUCCAACACGAAGGACAGUGGCACCAUCUAGUACUAGUCCUCAACCGCGCCGUGCUUAAAAACUCGUCGUUCUCUUUAUAUCUGGACGGCCAACACAUGCAUUCGGGCAAGUUACACUACGUGAGUGCGAACCCGGGUGGCGGUGCCGCGACACUAUCGGGCGCGUCCAGUGUUUACUGUGUGCUUGGAACUCCACCUCACUGGCGACGGUACUCCAAGCUCGUGUGGCGGCAGGGACCGGCGCUACUGCUUGAAGAUGUAAUCCCAGCUCAAACAGUAUCUAUAAUAUACCAGCUGGGUCCCCACUACGUUGGUACACUACAAGCUCCACUCCCGCCCGGUCAAUACCAAGAGCCACUAGCGCCACUCAUUGCCGAAGAAAAGGUCGUAUUCGGUAUCAAUGCACGAGCAAUGUCACAGCUGACACUCGCUAAGAUACGCAAAGUUUACAGCAAGAAUGAUAAUAAAGCGAUAGCAAAGAUGCUUGGGAUGUCGUCACAUGAAAACGCGACCCCUAUAAGGAUAUUACAUAACUCGGCGGGACAUUUGAUGGGCCCGGCGAGGUGUUUAGGAGGGACUGUUGUUGGUUAUUUAGGCGUGAGAGUGUUUUGCCCCAAACCUGCUGCCAUCAUGAUUGAUACAGUUGGCGGCUGCUCAGUAUUAUUAGGUUUAAUAGCAAUGGCUCAAGACGUUGAGUGUCUGUACGCAAGUGUGAAGGCACUUGUAUGUGUUGUGCGGUCGAACAAAGCCGCACAAGCAGAGAUGGACAGACGGAAAGGAUACCAAACGUUAGCCAUGCUACUGAAGAGGAAGAAACAAUUGCUCAACUCUCACAUACUUCAUCUCAUAUUUGGUCUAGUCGGAACGGUUGACAGUCAGAAGGAGACCUCUUCCAUUCCAAACCUUACUGCCUUUCAAGAUUUAAUAUGCGAGCUAGAAGUAUGGCUCGGCGCCCCUGGCGGCCUGAUUAAAUCCCUUUUAGAACAUUUAUUAGAAUUGGCAACUGAAACAGCGCACAGAACGCACAACCUUCGCACAAUGAGAGAACUACAAUUAGUAUCGAAACUCCUUUACAUAAUAAACGAUGUAAAAGUUGUUAGCACAAGGAAUGUACUCAUACAGUUGUUGGCUGCCUUAUUAGGAGGCCAGCCUCGUCCAAGCGACCUCUUAUGUUUAGGACAGUUCAUGGCGUUUACUUUGCCUUUGCCAUCGCAGACAGAGAAGGGAGUGAAUCUAAAGGAGAGUGACAGUGAGAAAGAGAGUGAGGGAGAACAAAUUAUUCUCCGAAACAAGUGUUUCAAUGUCAUUCACGGUUUGCUGUUUACAGCGAGGAAUUUAGUUAAUACGAUUGUCUGCGAAGAGAUAUCGCGAGUUCUUGGCAUGGAUUGGUUGCUAAGCUUUAUGCUGGAGAAUGUCCACCCCACCACUGUUCUGUGGGCGUUAAGGAUAAUGGUGGUUUUAUGCUCAGGACAAGGACAGCAAUCUGCUAUUAUGCAAAGAUUCAGGGAAGGAGUGGGCAAUGGCGGCUGGCUGCGGCAUACAGAGAUGAUUGCACAACCACAACAGGCCGGGGUGGUGAUAUCGACGACCGUUCAGUCCAAUUCACAUUUACACACUUCUCUUUUGCAUACACCUGGUUUUACAAUACUCGCUUGGCUGGUCCCCAUGCACCUGCACAUCCCGGAGCUGUACUACCUGCUGUUCGGGCUGGCGCUGGGGCAGCCCAUGCGCGCGUGGUGCGCCGAGCGCGGCGUGUCGGUGGAGCGCGUGUGGGGCGCGGCGUGGGGCGCGGCGGCCCCCGCGCGCCAGUCGCCCGCCGCGCUGGCCGCGCGCAUCUCGCUCAGCGCCGACGCCGUGCAGGUGCUGCUGGCCGCCGUGCGCGCGCUCGUGCACGCCGCGCACGAGCCCGACUGGCUCGCCGACCAUCCCGUCGCGAUUAUACAGGUCCUGUUCUCACUGUACAAUACGCUACCGGAUUUUGUACCUAUAAUGAUGAUGGCAGAGGUUUUGACCGCUCUUGCUGCAAUCCUCUUUCCUCCAAACUCGAGCGACGACAUGCAUAUGCCAAUAUCAGAGAGCGGUGAAAGCUCAGGUGCAUCAACCCCAGGAUCAGAAAAGGAGGUUGUAAUAGUGGGCGUGGCGGGCGCACUCACACAACACCCUGUACGACAGGGUGUCAUGGACUUCCUGCGUGUCAUAGUUCUUGAUUCCUUACCGCUCAACGUUACGGGCAAGACGGCACCGAACGCCGAAAACGCGACUGACUCAGUGCCAUCGUCAAUGUUUUGUACUCCAUGUAGCCCCUGCUCCGCUCCAGGGAGAUCCUUCUUUUACUGCGUGAUCGACUUAGUUUUGGAUGCAUCGCCCCCUAAUUCUACAAGCCAACAGCAAAUUGAAUAUCAAACGGAAGUUCUUACUACUCUCAUGGAGAAUUUACUAAAUACUGAACUUUUUGGGUCCGAGUCCAAUAUAUCGAAUGUUUGCUAUUUAGCUGCCAGAUUAGUUGAUAAACUAUGGCAGGGACAACUUUCAAGGGAUCCUCAUGAGGUGUUCGAUUUUAUUGUAAAGCUAGUGACACAAGCUAAAAAGAAAUCAUCAGUGAUAUCUCUGGAAGGAUUACAUCAUUGUCUGAACCGGACGAUACUGUUUCUGCUCUCUCGAUCUACUGAUUCUAUAGCGGAUCAGAUGUCAGUGUUGGAAGCCUUACAUAAACUGACCACUAACAGGUUAUUAAUAUUCGGCGCUGGUAACCACGAGUUAGAGUUCAUCGGCUGUCUAACGUAUUGCCUACUACAGCUCAGCUCUAAUAUGAAGAUCGCACUAGACUCCCAUAUGCGCACCACGUGGCAUGUCAACCCUAGCGGCGACUUAGAAUCGAGAGAUGAUAAACUUACAACGCAUCAAGGUCGCAACCUAAUGGCCGGUGCUGCACGUCGUGUGUGGGAAGAAUUAUACGUAUGCAAGAAGCCUGCAAUAGAAGAGGUGUUUAAAAUAACACUUUUGGCGCCCGUCGGUAACGCCCGUGCACCAGACCUGACGGCUGUCAGAGAACAAUUAAAUGAGAGCGCUCAUAAACUGUGGAUCAAUUAUAUUGAUACGGAGAGAAAGGCCACCUAUCGUGUACCGUGGGAACUACACAAUCAAAUUCAGUCAAAGAUUCAGAAGGUGACAGGUGGACUGACUCGCCUCGCGUCAAGGACUAAAGUUAAGAAGGAGGAUUCUGCUAAGCAGCGGUCGAACCCACCACGUGACCAUGCUCUGGCUUACAUGCAGGAUCACGUUCAGCUUGUCAGACAAGCCUGGUGCGCGGUGGUGUCGGGCGCGGGCAACACGCGGCUGCACACGUCGCGCUACGUGCAGGCGGAGUGGGCGGGCGCGUGGCGCGAGCUCACGCGGGAGCGCGCGCUGUGGGGGCCGCCGCGCGCGCCCGCGCUCGCCAAGUGGGCGCUCGACUGCACCGAGGGGCCCGCCAGGAUGCGCAAGAUGCUGCGCCGGAACCACGCCUUCUAUCUGCACUACCCAUACAGACCCGAUCUCGAUGAUCCCGAUAACAAACAAUUGAAGUACAAAGUGGCUCAAAGCUUAGACAGCAAGGAAUACUACCGAGUGUACCAAGAAUGGCGAACGGCGGCCAGUCUUGGUGAAGUUGAGGGAGCGGAAACAACUGAACUUGCAGAUACAACUUCAGAACCAGCCACUAGUCGAGAUACAUCCCUUGACGUGGCCAACGGCGACGGGUCACCGUCAGAUCUUGUUAGCAGCGGUGUGGUCAGCCGCGGUACAAAUCAAUCGUCCGGUGAAGCGAACGAAGAUGGGCCUGACAAUGAGGAUGAGGAUGAACAACCAACACCUCCGCCAGAUAAUCAAACUCUGUUGCGACUGUUAGAACAUCACGAAAAGAUUUCGCAUAUGUUCCGAUGCGCCAGAAUCCAAGGGUUAGACACAACUGAAGGUCUCCUGUUAUUCGGUCGUGAGCACUGUUACGUUAUCGAUGGCUUUACGCUAUUAAAGAACAGGGAGAUUAGGGACUUGGACAGCUGUCCCGAUGACUAUGACCCUAUUCUGCCAGCGCAAGGUAUACAAAGAAGCAACCAGAGGCAGUGCUCCAAGUUCCUGUAUGAAGAUAUUCGGGAAGUCCACAAACGGCGAUACUUAUUGCAACCCAUAGCAUUGGAAGUGUUUUCAAGUGAUGGCAGAAAUUACUUGCUCGCUUUUCCUAGAAAAGUUCGAAACAAGGUGUACAGCCGCUUCACAGCCCUAGCCACAGGCAUGGCGGACAGCGCGGCGGGCUCGGUGGCGGGGCAGAAGCGCGGCGUGGCUGUGGAGCAGCCCGGCGGCCUGCUCGCCACGCUCAUAGGCGACACGUCCGUCACGCAGCGGUGGCUGAGAGGCGAAAUAUCAAACUUCCAAUAUUUGAUGCACUUGAACACUCUGGCGGGUCGAUCCUACAAUGACCUGAUGCAGUACCCAGUGUUCCCAUGGAUCCUCGCUGACUAUGACUCGCUCGAACUUGAUCUGAACGACCCGGCUACUUUCAGAGAUCUUACCAAACCAAUGGGCGCCCAGAGCCCUGACAGAUUGGAGCAAUUUAGGAAACGAUAUAAGGAAUGGGAUGACCCCCACGGCGAGACGCCUCCAUACCAUUACGGCACGCAUUAUUCGUCCGCUAUGAUUGUAUGCUCAUAUCUGGUCAGAAUGGAACCUUUCACUCAACACUUCCUGAAACUACAAGGCGGACAUUUCGAUUUGGCUGAUAGGAUGUUCCAUUCAAUAAAAGAGGCGUGGAACUCAGCAUCGCGACAUAACAUGGCUGAUGUUAAGGAGCUUAUACCAGAAUUCUUCUAUUUACCCGAGUUUUUGGUGAAUUCCAACAAUUUUGAUUUAGGCAACAAGCAGUCGGGCGUGUCGCUGGGCGACGUGGUCCUGCCGGCGUGGGCGCGCGGCGACCCCCGCGAGUUCAUCCGCGCGCACCGCGCCGCGCUGGAGUGCGACUACGUGUCGCACCGCCUGCACCACUGGAUAGACCUCGUGUUCGGCUACAAGCAGCAGGGCAGCCCCGCCGUCGAAGCAUGCAACGUCUUCCAUCAUCUCUUCUAUGAAGGAAAUGUCGACAUUUACAACAUUGAUGAUCCACUAAAGAAGAACGCUACAAUUGGUUUCAUAAAUAACUUCGGUCAAAUACCAAAGCAGCUGUUUAAGAAGGCUCAUCCCAGCAAGAAAAUGUCACAGCGAAGCUCAACUAUUCUAGAUCCAAACAACAUAAUACCAUCACAAGGAAUAACACCGCCUGAAAAACUAUUCUUCCACAAUUUAGAGAAUUUGAGGCCUUCGUUACAACCAGUCAAAGAAGUAAAAGGCCCAGUCGGACAGAUCCUGUACACCGACAAAGCGAUACUCGCAGUUGAACAGAACAAGGUUCUAAUGCCUCCUACAUACAACAAAUACGUCGCGUGGGGCUUCGCUGACCACUCGCUACGUAUUGGCAACUAUGACAACGAUAAGGCGGUGUUCGUAUGUGAGACUGUUGCGCAGGCCUGCGGAGAGAUUGUUACGUGCGUGUGUCCCUCAGAUAAGACGAUUGUGACGGCUGGAACUAGUACCGUGGUUACUGUAUGGCAAUACUGGGCUCGACGUCGUCGCCUAGCUGUCAAAGUAUGUCUCUACGGUCACGAGGAAGCAGUGACAUGUCUAGCGGCAAGUCCUGCUUAUAACCUGGUGGUGAGCGGCAGUCGCGACGGGCAGGCCAUCGUCUGGGACGUGGAAAGGGGAACAUUUAUACGACAGUUGCUUCCACCGCAAGCAUAUGGACCUCUACCGCCGGUUUCGGCACUUGCGAUUGAUGAUCUUACCGGCGACAUAGCAACAUGCAGUGGUAGCUGGUUAUACGCGUGGUCUAUAAACGGCGAGCUACUGGGCGCGGUCGAUACAGUGGGUGGGCGUGAACGUACUCAGCAAGUGUUGUGCGUCGCGUUCAGUCAAACGCGGGAGUGGGACCCGCUUAACGUUGUCAUCACCGGCUCAACAGAUGGCGUCGUUAGAAUGUGGUCAAUAGACUACAUAGCAGAAACAGCUGAAGAACAAACUGAAAGUAUAGAAGGUGUAAGCGUAGAUCCAGUUUCAAGUUCUAUAGAUGACAAAGAGAAGGAUACUCAGAAACUGUCCAUACAGGACAGUGAAGAAGUCAAGUCUGAAACAGAACUGAAAGUGGAGACUGAGACCAAGACUGAGGAAGCGGAGACACAAGAUAGAGAGGCAGCGAUCAAGAGGGUUGAAGAGUUGGUCAAGCAAAUGAGUCUAUCACAGGAAAAUGAAGGAAACCUUACAAAAUCAGGUUCAGAAAGCUCGCUAUCAGACGCAUGUGAGACCACCACAAGCGCCAAAGAGUCAGCUCGAAGGCACGAAGAGAAAGACACGUGCAGCGAUAACGAAGAGUCCCGUCAAUACACGGAACAGAGAGAGACAAAAGAGGAACAUAUCGACUCGUGUGACGAAGCCAAGCAAGAGUAUGAUAACGAGAAGGACUUAGACGCGGAGAAAGAUAUCGCGCAUAGAAGUAAGCUGCAGAAGCAAGGCCAUGUCAUGCUCAGGAGGAAGUCGAAAGGAAAUCCAUUGUAUCGUAAAAGUGGCGGCAGCAUAGGCGACUCCAGCGAAUCGUGUUCCGUGGAGAGCGCGGGCGCGGGUAUGAGCUCGGUAGACGUGUGCGAGGGCGGGCUGCGCGCCAGCAAGUCCGACACCAGCCUCACGGACUCCUUCGUGGUGGUGGCCGCGCCCGCACAGCCCGCACAGCCCGCGCAGGCCGCCAGCUCCAGAGCCCUACCCAAUGCUAUUAGUGCAGAAUCAGGAGUGAAGUGGCUCCGUCGCCUAGUGUUGCGCGGCAAGCUGACCAUGCAUACAGCGUACGAGCGGCGCGACAACGCCUGCCCCGCCUCCGUCACGGCCGUCGCCGCCGCACGCACCGGCCGAGGACUGGCCGUCGGGGACGCUAGAGGAAGGAUAUUCCGCUGGUCAGCUCCUGAUAUGUCAAGUGCUUCAGGAGCCAAAGGUGGACCAGCAGAUCAUUGGAUACGAGAUGACACUGCUCCGUACUGUACUCAAUGCCAGGUGCGCUUCACGGCGCUGGAGCGGCGCCACCACUGCCGCGAGUGCGGCGCGGUGUUCUGCGGGCGCUGCUCGCGCUACGAGGCGCCCGUGCGGCGGCUGCGCGCGCUGCGCCCCGUGCGCGUCUGCCAGCGCUGCCACGACAACAUCACCACCAAGCGGGACUAACUCACAAGGGACAAGCUCGGACUGCACACCAUGUAACAUGUACACCUUUCAUUGAACUACAGUAAAAUAUCGGAGUAUUUAAGUUUCAGGCCCAAACGAUUCCCUAAAUGAUAAAAUUUCUAACAUUGGGCUUCUUAAAAAAAGGUAUGACGGGGAUGUCAACUAUUUGUCAUACCUCCUUAUGUAAAUCUGUGCGCCAUUUUAAAACAAUUCACGCUAAAGAUCUCUUUAUGAACAAAACAGUGCAGUCGACCUAUUAAUAUCUUAAUCUAUGUAACAAAAUUCUGAAACACUGAUAGAGUAUAUAUGUGAGGUUAUUUGAAUGUAGCUAAGACCAACCCAUGAAUAAGAAUUUGUAUCGGCAUUUAAGUAGGUUCUGGCUUAGACUGGUUAGGGUUGGGUGUAUGCGUUGGAUUUUUCC